CACACGAAAACACUUAGAAUCAACCUCAAAUCGUAUUCGAAUUUAAUUCCACGGUGUAUAUUAAAACUUUUUAAUAACUCCAAUAAUUUGAGUGCAAAGAAAAGGAACAUAAACAUUUUUUUUUAUUGAGUGCGAUCGGUGUUUGCAUACUUCUAGUCGUUGAAAAAACAGCAGUUUACUCAUUUUUAUUAAGACUUUUGACUGAUUACCAAAGAUUUGGACAAUUCAUUUGACCGAAAUUAAAAAAAAAACAAGACUUUUAAGUAAAAAAAAAUUUCUAUGAAAAAUUUCACGUAUUGAAAGUUAAGACAAUUGAAUAUGAGAUAUUAAAUUGUGUUUGAUUAAGCAAUGCUAUAACGUUUUACUGCCCUGCGCUGCAUUAAAAUAUUCAUCAACAUCGAAAUAUUAAAAAAAUAAGGUGAAAUUGAUACGUGGAUGAAAUAAAGUUUUUUAUUGUUUUGGUAUUGAUCGCACCUUGCUUCAUAGUUCACAUUGCGUAACCAUAACAAAGAAAUAUAAAAAAAAUUCGACAGUCUCGUAAAGUCGCUUAUUGAAAUACAUUUUCAAUUAAAUAACGCAUCCGUACGCGGCGAUCUGAUCGUUUGAAGGAAAAAAAAACGAAAACACGCGCAAUUCGACGGGAUCAAAGUACAUAAUCAAGGAGCGAACAAACAAGAAACGAGAACGACGACGACUCCAUACACAGCAUUUGUUUAACGUUUCAUCAAUAAAUACGCUGUACACGAGGUCGGUGCGUUUUUAUCGCUUUUCUAAACAACGGAAAACGAACGAACAAAAAAAAACCAUAUCGAAAAUCUACGAAUAACUAAGAUUGAAAGUAGACGCACAUAUAUACAAAAAUGGCAUCGACAUUGUUCGUGAACUGCGGUACAAAAGUCCGUUCGGUUAUUGGCCACCUAUCGCCAUUGUCUCAACAAAUGAAUGCUUCUAGAAUAUUUCAAGCGAAUUAUCAACGCAUCAAGAAAACGAAUGUUGCACAUAAAUACUCGACCACCACAACAUUAUCAUCGAAUGACAAUAAUAAUUCGACCGCGACUGUGAAUGGUAAAGGGAAUGAAACAAACCAAAAAUCAAAAUCAAAAUCAUCGGCCAUCAAAUCAAUUCCGGAUAGUGAAAUCAAAAAAUCCGUUUUCAUUUCGCAAUCGAAUGAUAUUUUCACAAAUUUAGCACUUGAAGAUUGGUUCUAUCGUAAUUUUGAUUUAACAAAUCAUCAUGUUUUAAUGCUUUGCUCGAACGAUCCGUGUGUUGUUAUUGGCCGACAUCAGAAUCCAUUCAAUGAGACAAAUGUAUCGAAUAUACAAAAGGCGGGCAUUGCAUUGGCACGCCGAAAUAGUGGCGGCGGUACUGUAUAUCAUGAUGGGGGCAAUUUGAACAUGACUUUCUUUACGCCACGCGAACGAUACAAUCGCACAUACAAUUUGAAUAUUAUAACGCGUGCAUUGUUUCGGGAAUGGGGCAUCAAAGCUGAUAUAUCAACACGCGACGAUAUUGUAAUCAACGACAAAAAGAUAUCUGGAACGGCUGCAAAAUUGGGACAACCAAAUUCUUAUCAUCACUGUUCGUUGCUUGUCGACAGCAAUAAAAAUCACAUCCGAGAUGCUCUUGCUAAGGAUGAGGCUGAUAUUGUGACAAAAGCAACACCAUCCGUACGAUCACCAGUUAAGAAUUUAGUCGAUGUUAAUCGUCACGUGAAUUUUCCGCAGCUUCUGUCUGCUAUUGGAUAUGAAUUUCUUCGAACAUCUGCAACGGAAUUGCAUGAUGGUGGACGACAUUUGAUGAUGAAACAACGUGGAUUCCAAUUGAUCAAUCCAACUGAAAAAUGGUUUCCCGGCUUGAUGGAAAUUCGCGACAGUUUUAUGAGCUGGGAUUGGUGCUAUGGAAAAACGCCAAAGUUCACCGUUCAAAAGGAUCUACAAUUGAAAUCGGACGAAAAAGAUCACAACGUUCAAUUGAGUGUUUCCGUUAAUGCGGGACUCAUUGAAGACAUUACGUUGAAUGUACCGAACUAUGAUUCGAUUCCGGUCGUUACGACGCUCAAGGGAACACCAUAUUCGGAAGAGCAUCUAAACAACAUUGUUAUGGCAUUGAAAGGUGUCAGCAGUGAUAAUGUUGAACACGCCAUGAACCACUCCCUUUAAAAUCAAGACAUUUUACUUGCAAUUAUAUUUUACACGUAUCAAUUCUAAACACUACACUAAAUAAAACUCUCAUUUUUAUCACACUAU